CAACGCAGCGUUUUGUAUAGUGAAAAAACUGUUUGCCGUCUUGAAAUUUAAUACGGGGACUACACGCUGUUUUCGCUAAUGUUCAUCGUCUCAGACUCGCAGAUCGGAACACUCGCGUACUACUUUAGAAGAUCAAGAAAUUCACAUCGUCUCCUGAAAUAAUCGGAGCUGAAAAUUUCCUGAGGGAAUCGAUGAAGCUCUUGCAACUGAUAUUCAUACUAGCUUUAACUACAGGAAUCUCUGCUGUUCUCAUCUACAUUAUCGGCGUCUCAAAUCUCUAUGAUUCCGUGGGUUUAGACGAAUCAAAUCGGCUUAGCAACGAAGAUUUAGAGGCGUUGCAUUCCCUGCAGAGCGGAUUCCAGAAGUGCGUAAAAGCAAAUGGCUUGGGACUACAAGCUGCUACUGGUAGUGAUUACUGCCAAGUCUCUAUAAACUUCCCCAAGGACACUGUGCCCAAAUGGAAAGAUCCCAAGUCUGGAGAGCUUGAAGGGCUGUCAUAUGAGUUUAACCUGUGCGAAGCAGUAGCUACAUGGGAACAAGUCAGGAAUAGCUCUACGAUACUCACCAAGGAAUACAUUGAUGCUUUACCAAAUGGAUGGGAAGAUUAUGCAUGGCGCAGAAUCAAUAAAGGAAUACAACUUAAUCGUUGCCAGAAUAAAUCUUUAUGCAUGGAGAAGCUUUCAUUGGUGCUUCCUGAAACACCACCAUAUUUCCCCCGGCAGUAUGAGCGAUGUGCUGUUAUUGGUAACUCUGGGGAUCUCUUAAAAACGAAAUUCGGAAAAGAGAUAGAUGCUUACGAUGUGGUUAUUAGAGAAAAUGGUGCUCCAAUUCAGAACUACAAGGAAUAUGUGGGAGAGAAAAGUACAUUCCGUCUUCUUAAUCGAGGGUCAGCAAAAGCCCUUGACAAAGUCGUGGAGUUGGAUGAAAAAAAGCAAGAGGUCCUGCUAGUAAAAACAACAAUUCAUGAUAUUAUGAACAAGAUGAUUCGGGAAGUUCCAAUAACAAAUCCUGUCUACUUAAUGCUUGGUGCUUCAUUUGGCUCGGCCGCCAAAGGAACUGGGCUCAAGGCUCUUGAAUUUGCACUCUCGACGUGUGAUUCAGUGGAUAUGUAUGGUUUCACUGUAGACCCAGGUUAUAAAGAGUGGACUAGAUAUUUUUCAGAAUCUCGACAAGGACAUACUCCUUUGCAUGGUAGAGCUUACUACCAGAUGAUGGAAUGCUUGGGUCUCAUUAAAAUACACUCUCCCAUGAGAGCUGAUCCGAACCGAGUCGUGAAAUGGGUGCCAAGCCGCAAUACAAUUAGGUCAGCAAGAAUUGCAGCAGAGAAGCUCUUAAGGAGAGUUGGAGCAGGAUCUGUAGACCCAUUAGCUUCAUGCUCGAUACUAAAGGAGAGAAGCAAAGACAAGCGUCCAGUGGUCUCACAGCUCAGAAAACCUGUGAGUCACCAUCAAAAAUAUGUGAGAAGCACGACCAUGUACCCGUUGGAGCACAGUCCAGGGCAUAGUCAGCUUUGCAUUACAUCAGCUGAGUAAAGAAACUGCUUAUAUAGAAAUCGAUUUUCCCCCAUACACUAAAGCACAAAACAGGUUCAGUGGACAACAGUAGAUUCAAAAGCAAGUCCAUCCUCUGCUAUAGCGCCCAUUGUAGGGAGUUCAAGAUCAUUGAGGUGACAGUUUUCUGCGUAAUCUUUUGAGAUUAGGAUUGAUUCUUUUGUAUUCCUGUUUUCAGAAUUUUUCUUCACCAGAGGUAUAGGUAAAUGUUAUCCUGUUCCGUCGUAGAGGACUGAGAUAGAAAUGGAAGCUAGAGAUUGCUUGUUUGAUGUCUAUUUUUCGUACAUACGCAAAAUGUUUAGUGUUCGCCUUCUUUGCAUUUAAUCCUUGUCUUACUUUUUUUACUAGGCGCGAAAUCAGGUUAAAAUGUUUCUUACGAUAGCUGAAAAUACUGUAAUCGGUACUGUAAAAAUUCGAGUAAGACCAAAAAUUAGAUAAAAUGUGAGUGAUUAGGCUUU